UGAAUGCCUUAUUUCAGGCCUCUAAACACCUCACGACUUCCACCUGCUCGCGACGAUAGCAUUCGAUUACACUUCACACCCCCGUUUGCUCCCUGACGCCUCUAUAUUCAAAUGUACCACAACAAUUUCGACGGCCGACCAGAAAGCCUCCGCCUGAUCGACCUGAUCCCCGACAACAACGUCUAUGCCUCGGACGAAGAAGACUCCUUCUACCGCCACGACGACGACGACGACUACAUAAUCCACCCGAAGUGGCGGGCGCUCGCACAGCAAACCUCACAAAAGAUACCGCGGAGAGUGCAGCGCUUCUCCGCCAUCUGCCUAGUGCUAUUGCUCGUGGCCUGGAUUACCUGGAAGAUACAUUACGGUCCGCAAUACGCUGAGCGCAAGCAGUUGAUUAUGGAGAUGGACACAGUGCCCGAAGCGGCAUACGGAACGAGUCUGAGGCCCGUGUUCAAGGAUAUGAUACAUAUGAAAACGUUGGACGAGAAACAUCUUCCGAAGGGGGACAAGAGGCUUGUGAUUGUUGGGGAUGUACACGGUUGUAAGGAAGAGUUGGAGCAGCUCUUGCAGGAGGUCGGGUUCGAUGAGAAGAACGACCACCUCAUUCUGACUGGAGACAUCAUCGCGAAAGGACCAGACUCGAAGGGUGUCGUUUCGCUGGCGGAGAAACUAGGUGCUUCCUGUGUGCGCGGCAAUCACGAAGACAAGGUCCUCCUGUCUCUCCAGGAGAGUAGUCAUCGUCACGCUGGCCUGCAAGGUCCAGAUGAAGAUCCCGAUCGUGAGACCGACUUCCUUGAAGAGCAAUCCUUCUCACAUGGAGACUAUAAACUGCGGAAGUUCGCAAAAUCCUUCUCGAAGAAGCAGAUAGGAUGGCUGAAAGAAUGCCCCGUUAUCUUGCGAGUUGGUCACAUACCAGACAUUGGUGAUCUCGUGGUAGUUCACGCCGGAUUGGUUCCAGAUAUGCCACUCGAACAGCAGGAUCCAUUUCAGUGUAUGAAUAUGCGAACUAUCGAUCUGAAGACACGCAUACCCUCCGAGUCCCGCGAUCAUACCCACUGGGAGAAGUUCUGGAAUCACCAGCAGAAGAAGCUCCCCAAGAAAGAGAGACUGACCGUCGCGUAUGGCCAUGACGCGAAAAGGGGGCUGAACAUCAACAAAUACACCUUUGGGCUGGACUCCAACUGUGUCCGGGGUGGCAAGCUCACAGCAAUGGUCAUCGAUGCAGCUGGCAAGCAAAAAAUCGUACAGAUCAAGUGUAAAACCAACUACACUGAGAAAGAGUUACCGCCGGAAGAUUCUUGAGUACUCCGUUUGAUAUUAAGCAUUUCCAGGCGUUAUUCGGCAUUAGCAUGGUCAUUCAUACAAAGAAAUCAACACACGG